GAGGGUUUUUUUUUUUUCUCCCCUUUUAUUUUCCUUUUUGUAUUUUUUCCUUCUGUUUUCUCUUGUUUUUCAAUUUUUUUUCUUUUCUAGUUUCAUUUCCGUUCCCCUUUCUUCUUCUUCUUCUUCUUCUUCCUCUGCACUGCAACCCUAAUCCUCGAAUUGAAGAUGCAGCCAGAGAGAUUAAGGCAACAAGCUAUGAUGCAGCACUCUCUCUACCACCACCCUGCUCUCCUCACACCCCCUCAGAUAGAACCUAUCAUGAGUGGGAAUCUGCCUCCUGGCUUUGAUUCGAGUACAUGCCGCAGUGUCUAUGUGGGCAACAUUCAUCCCCAGGUUACAGAUUCCCUUCUUCAAGAGCUAUUCGCAGGUGCAGGCGCUCUUGAAGGAUGCAAGCUUAUUCGGAAAGAGAAGUCAUCGUAUGGCUUUGUGGACUACUAUGAUCGAAGUUCAGCUGCAUUUGCUAUUGUAACCCUCAAUGGGAGGAAUCUUUUUGGUCAGCCUAUUAAAGUUAAUUGGGCAUAUGCUAGAAGCCAGAGAGAGGACACCUCAGGCCACUUUAAUAUAUUUGUUGGUGACCUUAGUCCCGAGGUUACAGAUGCAACAUUAUACGCUUGCUUCUCUGCAUAUCCUAGUUGUUCAGAUGCAAGGGUAAUGUGGGAUCAGCAGACAGGUCGAUCCAGGGGUUUUGGAUUUGUCUCUUUUCGGAAUCAGCAGGAUGCCCAAAGUGCUAUUAAUGAUCUCACUGGGAAGUGGCUUGGAAGUAGACAAAUUCGUUGUAAUUGGGCCUCAAAAGGGGCUAAUGCCAAUGAUGAAAAGCAGAGCUCAGAUUCCAAAAAUGUUGUGGAGUUAACUAAUGGAACAUCUGGAAGCCAGGAAAUAACCAAUGAUGAUGCUCCAGAGAAGAAUCCUCAGUACACAACUGUUUAUGUUGGCAAUCUUGCUCCAGAGGUUACUUCUGUUGAUCUCCAUCAACAUUUUCAUUCCCUUGGUGCUGGAACUAUUGAAGACGUUAGGGUGCAACGAGACAAAGGUUUUGGGUUUGUGAGAUACAGCACCCAUGCUGAAGCAGCUCUUGCUAUACAAAUGGGUAAUGCUCGGGUUCUGUUUGGCAAGCCUAUCAAGUGUUCAUGGGGUAGCAAACCCACUCCUCCAGGAGCAGCCUCUUCUCCUCUUCCCCUUCCGCCACCGUCUUCUGCCCCUGUGCCUGCUGGAUUUUCACUUGCUAGUCUUGCAGCUUAUGAACGCCAGAUGGCAUUAAGCAGAAUGAAUGGUGCACAUGCUGCCCUUCUUCAACAGCAGGGUUAUCAAAAUGCCGCGAAGCAGGCAGCCAUGGGAAUGGGUGCUCUCGGGGCUGCUGCUUACGAUACUGGAUUCCAGGGUGUUGGGACCACCCAGCAUCUUAUGUACUAUCCUUAAAUUAUGUUGUUCAGCUACCUAGUAUAAACAAGGGAAGAUUGAAGUCUAUUGAACCGCCAUAAUGGUUCAACAGUACUGGUAACCCUUCUCUGCCCUCUUUUUAUCCUUUCACAGUAUUUUACUUCUGCACUCGUUUGGAAUUAUGUAACACAUUUGUAUAUACAGUAUUACUGCACUUGCUUAGCAGUUGGAUACAUGGAUGAUUUGUCUUCGCUUUCUAAUGGCGAAGGACGAAGGUUAUUUCCUGAAUAGAAUAUUUAUUUUACUAA